UCAGGCACAUCGGCACCAACACUCUUAACCUGGAAAUCUGGUGAUAUACUCUCUUGUUACACCGCAGAUUGUUUGACACAAUGGCGGCCUCUGUGUUGUUGGUUUGUCUGUUGGUGGGUCUGGUCUCUGGUCAGAUGAUGAUGACCACUGACAGUGGGAUGGGGCCGGACAUGGCCACGGAUGAUAUGGGGGGACAGACGGACGAAGUGGCGACAGGGUUACCGGACUCCACUGUGAUGGAGAUGAGCACCACCACCACCAUGGCUCCCACCACUGAAAAAGCAUGUACCGAUGCACUUGGUCGGGAGUGUUUCCGAUACAAAGAUGAAGACUGUGUUGGUGUGUACGAGACUUGGGCCAGGGCCAACUGCACUCUGCGAUGUGGAUACUGCCCACAGAAGCUACCCUGUGUAGACAACAUUAACUACUGCAGUCAGUUUGGGGCUGAUGUCUGUAAUCAGGAGGUAUAUGGACAAUACAUGAGAGAGAACUGUAGAAAGACCUGCAACUUCUGUAGAGCUCCAACAGAUUACCUAGUCUCUAGUACCACCACUACUACUACCCCAGAACCAACACCAGAAAUAACAACUUAUAACCCAGCUGCUGAAUGGUGUAAGGACAAGACCAACUGUUGGUAUUACCCUGAUGAGAAGUGUGUCGGACUGUACGAGGACUGGGCCAGGAAGAACUGUCCAUUCAGAUGUGGAUAUUGCCCAGAUUUUCUACCACCUUGUGAAGAUAAAGACUCCAGCUGUGAUGGUUUUCCCGAAGCAGCCUGUACCAACCUAACUUACAGAGCCUACAUGAGAGAAAACUGUAGGAAAAGAUGCAAUGAGUGUACAUACCCAGGAGAGUCGCUGACACCUAACACCCCACCUUACCCUGUAACUACCACCACCCCCACCACUGUCAUCACCCCCUCCCAGAGGCCGGGCGGUGUCAACCCCACCAUCGAUGUGGAGCCAUCUACACCUAACACUGGAAUGCCCCCCACCACCACCCAGAGGGUCCUACCCACAGGGGCAGAUUGUAAAGACAAACAAGACUGCACGGGACUAUCCUCUGAAGCUUGUGUUGGCGUGUUUAAGAAUUGGGCCCUCGAUAACUGUCCAAGGACCUGUGGCUAUUGUACAGGGGAUGUCCAGGAAUGCCGGGAUUACGAGGAAUGCGACAAACUGCCCGACACCGUCUGUACCGACCCUACCUACAGAGCCAUUGCUAAUACGGCCUGCCGCAAAUUCUGUAAACUCUGCACAGUAAUGGCUGUCCCCACAAAGCCAAUUGUUAUGGGAACAACAGAGGCCAUGAUGGUACCCACCAAAGGUCAGGGGUCAGGGUCAGUUACAGAGGACCAGACCCCCUCAGAACAACCGUCCUCAGAGUUUGUCUCCAUGCCAACCAAACCAGCAGGUUCUCAGGCCAUGACAACCAAAACCACCACAGUGUCAGGAGGAAAAACUCAUUCCGCCCACACACAUAAACCACAUGCAACACAUACCCAUAAACCUCACGAUUCCCAUGGACAUGGAGGAAAAACCCUGCCCACUCUCUUCCCCCCAAUCCCAACAGGUGAUGCUUGUAAAGACAACCCCGAUGUGAACUGUACACAGUACACACAAAAGUCGUGUGAGGGGGCGUACAAGGCAUGGUCUAUCAUUAACUGUCCUAUACACUGCGGCUACUGUGGGGCUAAAUGUGACAAAAAUUUCCAGAUGACUAUCCCAUCAUGCUGCAGUGAUCUAUGUUCCUGUCCGGACCACACGUUGACAGGAAGUGUACGUGACGCCACCGCAGGAAACGCCCCGAUGGCUAACGUCUCCGUGUAUCUCCGUAGCUGCCCCUGCGAACCCCUGACGAUGACGGCUGAUGACGGAAGCUUCCAAAUCAAAGGUGUUUGCCUGAAGGAAGGGGGCGUGGCUAGAUUUGAAUAUCCUGGAUACGCGUCCUUCCUCAGGGAUAUUACUGACCCCCAAAACAACAACAAUUUCAUCGCUAACGGUGAUAUGGCUCCCUUGGUGGAAACUACGUCAGUAUCUGGAAUGACAUCACAAGGGGGAAGUUAGAGGUUCUAGGACAUUUCUAGUAGCUAAUUAACGUAAAUUUAAUUACUUUGAUACUAUACCAUACUGGUUCAGUCAGAGUUAUAAGGGUUUGGGUUCUCUAACUUUUGUUACUGUUGUAUACUUUUUGUACUUUUUUAUGCCUUUUUUACAACAUUGUAAUUUUGUUUGCUUUUAAAAUUUGAAAUGUGUAGACAUUCAUGGUUGAAUUUUGUAUUGCGAAAACUACAUUUUAGGAAUGUUAGAAUUGAUCAAUUUUUGAUACUGUAAACCAGAUUUUAUUCCUGACCAAUUAAUACAAAUGUUUUUUUUUUCACAGCUCUUAUUAAGGGAAGGGUGGCAAUUAAUCUGUAACACAAAUGUGUAAUGAUUAAAGAAAGUUGAAAGAGGAUAUAUCUUUAAAGAAAAAAUGCAACUUGUUAGGAUCAAUAGACUUAUAUUAUUUACUUUAUAGACUGUUAAUAUAAAUUACUGUUCAAUAAAAAAAAAAUAUUAAAUUUAUCCAAAAUAAGGGACAAAGAUAAGUAAUAACAGCUGUAUAUGUGGUGAUUUGGUCACGGUACUGACUGAACAGAUGAGUACACAGCCACGGGCUAUAAAGGGUAGGUUCAAUAUUAACAGGUGUUGGAGACAAUAAUUACAGUAUAAACACGGAUAGAACAAAUUGCAUUUUUUUGGAGAAGUUUUUAAUAAAUAUAUGCACUUAUAUGAAAAAUAUAUAUACAUCAGAGUAACUGAGUACAAUUUUAGUUUUCUAUGCUGGGCUCGAAUGUAGAUUUGGUACCAUGUUAAACGGGUACAUGUUCUCCUUGACAUCCCUAAUACGUAUAGUUUACUAUAAUUAUAGAAUUAAAAAACAGUUAUUUUCAAUUAAAUUUACUGCAGAGUCACAUUUUUUUGUGUGGUCAAAUUUUCGUGGUUUGAGGAAUUAAUAUUCUUGAUUUGUGGGGAUUGGAUUUCGCUGAUGAAGAAUUGUUAAGUAUAGAUAUGCAUGUUACAUUUUACAUUUUGUGAAGAACAUGAAUUUUAUAGGUCUAUCCAUACCUCGAAAACAGUGAAAAUUAAACCCCCACAAAAAAUUAUGAUUUAACAGUAUUUAAAAAAUUAUAAUGAUUUUGCAUUGUACUUGUUAUAAGCUAAACUUGUAAAUGCAAAUUUUGUCCAUUUUUCUUUCUGUACUUUUUUUGCUGUAGCUCUUUUGUACUUAAGUCAGAGGCUCUUCAAAACAUCUGUUAUCAGGAAUUAAAUUUUUUUUUCAUCUGUAAACCAAAAAAAAAUAUUAAUCAAUAAUGUACAUUUAGAUAUGUGUAUAUAUGAUAUUUUAUCUAUGAUAAGCAUUUUGUUGUUUAUAUGCUCUGCAAUUGCAUGUUUUCACAAUUGUAAUUCAGUCACACUUCAAUAGCAUUACCAUUUCUUUUUUACACAAGUCAUACUAGUAUUUGGUCACAGAUAUUUAUAUAACUCUGUGAUGUAUAUAUUCUAUCUUUACUUGUAAUGAGUAAACUUUCAUGUUUUGAUACUGUUUAUAAAUGUAGGGUUACCUUGCUUUGUUUUAUACUGACCCCUUUUAGAGAUAAUGUGGAAAAAAAUUCACCUUUUGAAAUAAAGGAAGAAAACUUUAA